GGGAGGCCAGGGCCCGCCCCGCAGCCACUCUUGCGCCUCUGAGCAGCCACAGGGGCAAAGCCCUGUCACCCCCAGGAUCCGGUCAUUGGGGACCGCAGAUAGGGAGACCAGAGGAGGGCCCGCUGGUGGAGGCGCACGGAGCAGCAUCUGGGAGGGCCAGGGACCAGGCGCAGGAGGCGGGGGGCACAGAACACGCUCCCCUCAGAAGUGGAGAAGAGGACAGAGGAAGGAACCGAGGAGGGGACAGACAGGAGCCCGAGGAGGGAAGAGGAGGGGAGGGGGUCAGGCCAGGCGGCCGAGGAGGAGGCGUGCAGCUGGGGGCUGCCGGCAGGAAGCUGGAGACACGACCCGCUGUCCCUGGGAGCAGCGGCGUCCCCCGCUCCAGGCAGAGGCGCCAGCGGUCAGGCCGGGAUGUGCCUCUGAGGGCCCCCGCCCCCACCAUGGCCCCCGGCACCCUCUGGAGCUGCUACCUCUGCUGCCUGCUGACCACAGCCGUGGGGGCAGCCAGCUACCCUCCUCGAGGUUACAGCCUCUACACUGGGAGUGGCGGGGCCCUCAGCCCCGGGGGAGCCCAGGCCCAGAGCGCCCCCCGGCCCGCCAGCCGCCACAGGAACUGGUGCGCCUACGUGGUGACCCGGACAGUGAGCUGUGUCCUUGAGGAUGGAGUGGAGACCUUCGUCAAGCCUGACUACCAGCCCUGUGCCUGGGGCCAGCCCCAAUGUGCCCGCAGCAUCAUGUACCGCAGCUUCCUCCGCCCUCGCUACCGCGUGGCCUACAAGACAGUGACGGACAUGGAGUGGAGGUGCUGCCAGGGGUACGGGGGUGACGACUGCGCGGAGGGCCCUGCCCCAGCGCUGGGUCCCGCACCUACCACCCCGCGCCCCCGGCCCCAGCCUGCCCGCCCCAACCUCUCCGGCUCCAGCGCGGGCAGCCCCCUGAGUGGACUGGGUGGCGAAGGUCCUGGGGAAUCGGAGAAGGUGCAGCAGCUGGAGGAGCAGGUGCAGAGCCUGACAAAGGAGCUUCAGGGCCUUCGGGGUGUCCUGCAGGGACUGAGUGGGCGCCUGGCAGAAGAUGUCCAGAGGGCUGUGGAGACGGCCUUUAAUGGGAGGCAGCAGCCAGCAGAUGCAGCUGCCCGCCCGGGCGUGCACGAAACCCUCAAUGAGAUCCAGCAGCAGCUGCAGCUCCUGGACAACCGUGUCUCCACCCACGACCAGGAACUGGGCCAUCUGAACAACCAUCACAGUGGCGGUGGCAGCGGUGGUGGUGGUGGCGGCAGGGCCCUGGACUCAACCCCGGCCCCUCCCGGCCACAGCGAGGAAGUGCUGCGGGAGCUGGAGCAGCGGCUGCAGGAGUCCUGCUCUGUGUGCCUGGCGGGGCUGGAUGGCUUCCGCCGGCAGCAGCAGGAGGACCGGGAGCGGUUGCGAGCCCUGGAGAAGCUCCUGGCCUCUGUGGAGGAGCGGCAGCGGCAGCUCGCUGGGCAGGCCCUGGGCCGCUGGCCCCCUCAGGAAUGCUGCCCUCCGGAGCUGGGCCGGCGGCUGGCCGAGCUGGAGCGGAGGCUGGAUGUAGUGGCCGGCUCAGUGACGGUGCUGAGCGGGCGACGAGGCGCCAACCUGGGAGGAGCAGCUGGGCAGGGGGGCCACCCGCCAGGCUAUACCAGCUUAGCCUCCCGCCUCUCUCGCCUGGAGGACCGAUUCAACUCCACCCUGGGCCCCUCGGAGGAGCAGGAGGAGGGCUGGCCCCGGCGUCCUGGGGGGCUGAGCCACUGGCUACCUGCUGCCCAGGGCCAACUAGAGAAGUUGGAGGGGCUGCUGGCCAACGUGAGCGGGGAGCUGGGGGGGCGGCUGGAUCUGCUGGAAGAGCAGGUGGCAGGGGCUGUGCAGGCAUGUGGGCAGCUCUGCUCUGGGGCCCCGGGGGAGCAGGACUCCCAGGUCAGUGAGAUCCUCAGCGCCUUGGAGCGCAGGGUGCUGGACACCGAGGGGCAGCUGGGGCUGGUGGGCUCAGGCCUGCACAAGGUGGGAGCAGCUGGGGAGGCCCAGCAGGCCGCGCUGGAGGGGCUGCAGGGGGUCGUGGGCCAGCUCCAGGGUCGCGUCGAUGCACUGGAGGAGACGGCUGCAGAGCUCACGCUGCAGCAGAAUCUCACAGCCGCGCGGCUGGGCCAGCUGGAGGGUCUGCUGCAGGCCCGAGGGGAUGAGGGCUGUGGGGCCUGCGGUGGUGUCCAGGAGGAACUGGGCCGCCUUCGGGAUGGCGUGGAGCGCUGCUCCUGCCCCCUGUUACCCCCGAGGGGCCCUGGGGCCGGCCCGGGUGUUGGGGGACCAAGCCGCGGGCCUCUGGAUGGCUUCAGCGUGUUCGGGGGCAGCUCGGGCUCAGCCCUUCAGGCCCUGCAAGGAGAGCUCUCCGAGGUCAUUCUCACCUUCAGCUCGCUCAACGACUCGCUGCAUGAGCUCCAGACCACCGUGGAGGGCCAGGGUGCCGAUCUGGCCGACCUGGGAGCCACCAAGGACCGCAUCAUCUCUGAGAUUAACAGGCUGCAGCAGGAGGCCACAGAGCACGCUACAGAGAGUGAGGAGCGCUUCCGGGGCCUGGAAGAGGGACAGGCCCAGGCCGGCCAGUGCCCCAGCCUAGAGGGGCGACUGGGCCGCCUGGAAGGAGUCUGUGAGCGGUUGGACACGGUGGCCGGGGGACUGCAGGGCCUGCGUGAAGGCCUUUCCAGACACGUGGCUGGGCUCUGGGCCGGGCUACGGGAAACCAACAGCACCAGCCAGACCCAGGCAGCCCUGCUGGAGAAGCUGCUGGGGGGGCAGGCCAGCCUGGGCAGGCGGCUCGGUGCCCUCAACAGCUCCCUGCUGCUCCUGGAGGACCGGCUUCACCAGCUCAGUCUGAAGGACCUCACUGGGCCUGCAGGUGAGGCUGGGCCGCCAGGGCCUCCUGGGGUGCAGGGACCCCCAGGCCCUGCUGGACCUCCAGGACCUCCAGGCAAGGACGGCGAAAAGGGGCCCAUUGGGCCACCAGGUCCCCAAGGUGAACAGGGAGUGGAGGGGGCACCAGCAGCCUCUGUGCCCCGGGUGGCGUUUUCAGCUGCCCUGAGUUUGCCCCGGUCCGAACCAGGCACAGUGCCCUUUGACAGAGUCCUGCUCAAUGACGGGGGCUACUAUGAUCCAGAGACUGGCGUGUUCACCGCCCCUCUGGCUGGACGCUACUUGCUGAGUGCGGUGCUGACUGGGCAUCGGCACGAGAAAGUGGAGGCCGUGCUGUCGCGCUCCAACCUGGGUGUGGCCCGCAUAGACUCCGGUGGCUACGAACCUGAGGGCCUGGAGAAUAAGCCGGUGGCCGAGAGCCAGCCCAGCCCGGGCGCCCUAGGCGUCUUCAGCCUUAUCCUGCCGCUGCAGGCCGGGGAUACGGUCUGCAUCGACCUGGUCAUGGGGCAGCUGGCGCACUCGGAGGAGCCGCUCACCAUCUUCAGCGGAGCCCUGCUCUACGAGGACCAGGAGCUGUAGCAGGUGUAGACAGGGGGCUGGGCCCGACCGGACCGAAGUGACUACGCCGCCCGCCAAAGAGCCAGCGGGGGCGGCGGGCUCGCCGGGGUCUCGCCUGGGACUGGGCGCUGACUCGGGGCGAGCCGCCGUUUCCGUACCCGCCGCGGCACAGGCGCCCGGAGCAGCCUUCUUCCCACGGUCGGAGCGCGCCGGGUCAGGGACUCGGUUUUCCUCGUUCAGACUUUCGGCCUGAUCACCGUCCCCUGCAAGACCCGGACUGCGGAGGAGCCAAUCCUCGCACCCUUUGCUCCCCCAGCUGGCCUCUAGACCGAGUCCCUGGGCUCCAGGGCUCUCUCUCGAGGGGCCUCGGGACCCCACCGCCAUACUAAACUAUUCAGGAAUAAAGACAUUUGGUUUUUCUAAAAAAAACAAAAUACAACACAAAAAGGCCGUUUA